CAAGCUUUUCCUGAUCUUUUUAUUACAUUUAAGAUAAAAUGGUUCUAAUACACGUUUAAUCCGGUGUUUGUUGAACAAGAGCCCCGCUCAACGAGACGUCUCUGGACCGACUGUGUGUUUUUAGGUGAACUUUCAUCUUGCUGAAGGUGUGAGGACUUAUUCAGGAUGAAUAGUGAAAUCUUGGCCACCUGCUGUGCUCUUGGUUAUUUGGAAGGAGACACUUACCACAAGGAAGCGGACUGUCUGGAGAGUGUGAAGGACUUGAUACGGUAUUUACGCCAUGAAGAUGACACCCGUGAUGUUCGCCAGCAGCUGGGCACCGACCAGAUUGUACAGAAUGACCUUCUGCCAAUCAUCACCCAAUACAGACAAGACAAAUCCUUAUUUGAUGCCUGCAUCAGGCUCAUGGUCAACCUUACGCAGCCUGCCAUGCUGUGUUUCGGUAAAGUUCCAGAUGAUCCGGUGUUCAGACAACACUUUUUGAAAGUGACAUCUCAUUUAGAAGCCUAUAAAGAGGCAUUUGCCAGUGAGAGCGUGUUUGGCAUUUUGAGCGAGACUCUCUACAACCUUUUACAGCUUGACUGGGAACAGAGGCAGGAGGAGGACAACCUCCUGAUAGAGAGGAUUCUGCUGCUGGUCAGGAAUGUGCUGCAUGUCCCUGCAAACCCCUGUGAAGAGAAGAAAGUGGAUGACGAUGCCAGUGUCCACGACAGAGUGCUGUGGGCAAUUCACAUGAGUGGCUUUGAUGACCUGGUGAAAUUCCUGGCAUCGGCCCAGAGCGAGCAGCAGUGGAGUUUGCACGUGUUGGAGAUCAUCUCCCUCAUGUUCAGAGACCAGACACCAGAGGGUCUGGUGAGCGCCGGCCACACACGCUCAGCAGAGGAGAAGCAGAGAGACGCAAACGAACUGGAGCUGCUGAGGCAGAAGGAGCAUGCAGAGAUUCGCUCUCGUGCUUUUAAACGAGGAACCAGACAUUCUCGCUUUGGAGGAUCCUUUGUCGUCAAAGGGCUCAAGGCAAUCGGGGACCAAGAUGUGAUCUAUCACAGACAUGUUCACAAUUUUAAAAAUUACAGUCACGAUAUCGGCAAAUCUGUCAGACGUGUUCCAAAGAGGAACCGACGGGCCCAGGAAACUCAGGACCAGCGGCGCUCGGCCUUAAACGUUCGACUCUUCCUGCGGGAGUUUUGUGUGGACUUCUUGGAAAACUGCUACAAUCGACUCAUGUACCUGGUGAAGGAGAGUCUGAUUCGAGAGCAGACUCAGCAGCACGAUGAGACCUAUUACCUCUGGGCGCUCAGCUUCUUCAUGGCUUUCAACCGUGGGAACGGUUUCCGCGCCGACUUGGUUUCGGAGACCAUGUCCAUCCGCGCCUUUCAUUACAUCGAGCGCAACAUCACCAACUACUACGAGAUGCUGCUCACAGACCGCAAGGAGGCCACCUCCUGGUCCCGCAGGAUGCACCUGGCGUUAAAGGCUUAUCAGGAACUGCUGUUCACCGUGAACGAGAUGGACCGCUCGCAGGAUGAAGGGAUCCGCCAAAGCUCCAAUGUUAUCAAAAGUAACAUAUUCUACCUGAUGGAGUACAGGGAGAUUUUUCUCACCUUGCUGAGGAAGUUUGAUGAGACCAAACAGCCUCAGUCGUACCUCAAAGACCUGGUGGAGACGACUCACCUCUUCCUGCGCAUGUUGGAACGUUUCUGUAAAGGUCGCAGGAACCUGAUGGUGCAGAGGAAGAGAGUGAAGCGGAAAAAGUCCAGAGGAAAAAAGCCACAGUCGGCUGUGGACAGAAGUCCAGAGGCGCUGGCAGAGACCUGGAAGGUGGUUGAAGAAGAGCUGAAGACUUCGGGGUUUCAGUUGUCUGGAGCUCUAAUGGAGAGCAUCGUGCCGUUUGACGCCACCUCUGAAACCCCGCUCGAGGACCAGCGCACCGAGGCCAUGGUGCGGGUGCAGGACGCUCUGCUGGCCCGACUGGGCCCAGAGGCACUGGGGCUGCUGCGUGCCGCCAGGGAGGUGUGGCCGGAGGGAGACGUGUUCGGCUCAGCCGACGUUGAACCCGAAGAGGAGCUGGAACUCCUGAAGCAGAUCCUGAACGCCAACCUGCCCAGGUCGACUCCUCCUGAGGCGGCGGUGGAGGAAGAGGAUUCUCCAGCCGAGUUAGAGGAGGAAGAGCUGGAAUCCGUCCAGGUUUCUGAAACAGAAUUUAACUUUCUGGAUUUUAUCAAGAGGUUUGCCAACCCGGGCGUCGUGCGACCGUACCUCCUCCUGCUGAAAACCUACUCCAAAAACACGCCGCACACCAACCACUGCAUCGUCCGGAUGCUGCACCGCUUGGCCGUGGACCUGAAGAUGGACGCCCUGCUUUACCAGCUGUCCGUCUUCCACCUGUUCAACAAAAUCCUGAGCGACCCCUCGUCGGCCGCUUACAAGGAGCUAGUGACCUUUGCCAAGUAUGUGCUGAACCGAUUCUUUUCACUGGCGGCAAAAAACGACAAGGCGUAUGUUGAACUGCUGUUCUGGAAAAAUGUGGGGGCUGUACGCGAGAUGACCGAGGGCUACAGCAAGGAUGGAGAUGGAAAGAAACCUUCAUGGACUGAAGAGGAGGAAGAGGAGUUGCGUAAGCUGUACGAAGAGCACCGUGACUCCGAAGAUCCAGACAUCGUGGAGACGCUGCUGCCGUUACUCAGCAACAGCAGCCGCACGCGGCGACACGUCGUGCUCCAGCUGGUCCACAUGGGCCUGGUCCAGAGCACCAAGGAGCUGAAGAAACCAAAGAAGGGUACUGGAAUCGUCCUGUGGACCGAGGAGCAGGUGCAGGAGCUGCAGAUGCUCUUUGAGGAGUUCAGAGACUCAGAUGACGUGCUGGGGAACAUCCUGAAGAAGAUCACGGCCAAGCGGUCUCGUGCUCGUGUGGUGGACAAGCUGCUCAGCUUGGGCUUAGUGUCCGAGAGACGAGAGCUGUACAAGAAGAGACGCCGCACCGCUAAAGGGAAGAGCUCCGGUCGCGCAAUGACCGAAGAAGAGUUUUUAGCUGAACUAACACGAGGUCACCCAGAUGAGCCCGCGAGCAGAGAUGACGACGAAGACGAGGGAGAGGAGGAGUCUGAGGAGAGCGAUGAAGAAGAUGAUGAGGAGGAGCAGGAUAAAGAAAAGUCGCCAAAAGGUGGAAUCAGCAGCCAGAGGCUGAAUGUGACCGUGGAGAGGAGAGCUGAUGUGUCCAACAUGGUGUCUGCUCUGCGGGAGGAAGGCCUGUCUGGACCUCUGAUGUGGCUGCAGAACUCUUUGAACCGGACAGCAAAUGAUCGUGAAGAAGACGGCUGUUCCCAGCCGGUUCCAUUUGUCCCUCUGACGGAGGCGAACGAGGACGCCAUGGAGAACAAGAGCUUCCAGAGGCUGCUGCGCAAACUGGGAAUGCGACCACCUGCAAACGAGCAGGAGAGAUUCUGGAGGAUCCCGGCAAAGAUCAGCGUAUCACAGCUCCGUAGUGCAGCAGCAGCUCUGAGUCCGAGAGAAGACGAGCCUGAAGACAGAGGCACAGCCACGGAAACACAGGAGGAGGAGGAGGAGGAGGACUCGCAAGAAAAGAGGGCUCAGGCCCUGAGAGCUCUGCUGCUCACACGGAAGAGGAAGCAGCUCUCCUCUGACGAUGCAGCUCCAAUAUCUGACGUCACUCUUGAUCAUGGUGAUAAAGAAGACAUUGAAAGGCCUCAGGAGAGAAACUCCACUAAAAGAAGCAGAAGCAGAGUUUUGGAUGAUGAGGAAGUGGAAGAAACGAGCACUGCGAUGGAUCCAGACACAAAUAAUGACUUGGGUUCAGACAGGGAGGAGGAUAUCUCUGCUCCUGUGAAACGAAGGCGGAAGAUGGUCUUGAUCGAUGACGACGACGAUGAGGAUUAGUGAAGGAGUCUCUUAAGGAUUUUAGGAACGACAGAGGGGAGAAAUAUGUGAGUCAUUGAUGUUCUUUUUGCUGCAGCAAAAGCUGUUACUGUAACAUCAAACAUGCCAGAGGAUACACAGGUUCUGUUAGGAGUUGCAUUUUGGACGCUCAAGAAAAUAAAAAUCUGCUGGUCUUAGCAUUUUUAUUUUUUAUUUUUUGCUUGUUUUUCCCAGUUGCAUGUAUUUUAUGCAGAUAAUACUUUCUGAGAAGAUUUUGCUUCAUAACAGUUUCUUUAAAUGCAAAUUUUGUCUUGUAAACAUGGUAUUUGUUGGUUUUUCAAUGUUGACUUUGGGUUUCCCUGUUAAAUUUAAAAAUAUUCAUGAAUAAAACAAUC